AUGGAGGCCGAGGGGGAUCCCGGGUUCGCGGGGCCGGGUUCCCGGCAGGGUUCCCCGGAGGAUGCCCCGGAGGGUUCCCCGGAGGAUGCCCCGGAGGAUGCCCCGGAGGGUGCCCCGGCCGAGGCGCGGCUGGCUCGGUGCGCGGCGCGGGCGCUGGCGCUGCCCCCGGAGCGCUGCCGGCGCUGGGCGGGCGGCGCGGCGGGGCCGGCGCUCCGCGGUUUCGUGCGGGGCGCGGCGGGGCCGGCGCUGCUGGCCUGGCGGGGCCCGGGCGCGGAGCUGGGGCUGUGCCCCGGGCCGCCCCCGCCGCCCCCCAGCGCCACCAAAGCGCUUUUCUUCCUGCGGCCGCCCGCAGCCGGCCCCGCCGAGCCGCUGCUGUGCGGGGAUCUGCCCGCCGAGCCCCUGCCGCACUUCGCAGCGCUGGUGGAGGAGCUGGUUUUGUACCUUUAUCCUCCCCCAAGUCUGGCCACACAAAGGCUGCUCAUCACCAGGGGCAACCUGGCUCUGAUCCCAGGGAAGGUGAUCGUGCCCAUCCUGACGAACCGGAGGAACCAUCAGGGCUGGCCACGAGUGGUGUCACAGGACAUCAUCCAUCACGUCCACAGCCUGAAAAACACUGUCUUCAAGGUGGUUGGCCAAGUGAAGGGCAAGACCUUGCUGCCUCUUCCAGCUGCCUCAGAGGGAAUUGAGAACAUUGAUCCUGAAAGUGAGAAAUUCUUGGAGCUGAUCAGUAAAUCCCUCGUCCAUGCCACCGAGUCAGCCAUCAUCGAGUGGAGCCAGCAGAUCCAGAGAGUGCUGAGGAAAGAGUCCUCAGAGCCCCUCCUGCAAGGCACCAACCCCACCCCGAAGGUGGAGCUGCAGUUUUGGAGGAGCAGGUGUGCUGACCUGGAGGGCAUUCACAGCCAGCUGACGUCCAGGAGGGUCAGCAACAUGCUGGAGGUGCUGGAGAGAGUGCAGAGCAUCUACGUGCCAGCCUUCCAAAGCCUGCUCGAGGAUGUGCAGGCAGCUCUGAGGGAAGCUCAGGACAUCGACCUGCACCUGACAGCCCUGCAGCAGCCCCUGGAGCAGGUGGAGGCUGUUGAGUUCAGCAAGGUGAAGCCUCUCCUGGUGCCCCUGCUGCACGUGGUGUGCUGGAUCUGGGCCAGCUGCCAGCACUACAGCAUGCCCCUGAGGCUGGUGGUGCUGCUCCAGGAGAUCUGCAACCUCCUCAUCCAGCAGGCUGUGGUGUACCUGUCCCCAGAAGAUCUGCUGAAAGGAGAGGUGGAGGAGAGCCUGGGCAAGGUGCAAACAGCCUUGGACAUCCUGAGUGCCUUCAAAGGGGCGCUGGAGGAGAGAAGGGCAAACCUGCAGGUGUACUAUGAGCCAGGCCAGCAAGUGAGGAGCUGGGACUUCCCCUCCAGGCUGGUGUUUGCAAGGCUGGACAGCUUCCUGCAGAGGCUGCAGGUGGUGAAGGGUCUCCUGAGCACAGCCCUGGACCUGGCCCAGCUGGAGAAGAUUGAGUUUGGGGGCGUGAGAGGGAAGGCCCUGGGCCAGCAGGUGCUGGCCAUGCAUGAAGAGUUCCAGGAGUGCUACCAGGUGUUCUCAGAGCGAGCCUACGACUGCCUGGACCUGGCCAACGUGGAGUUUGAGCAGGAUGCCCUGGGCUUCCAGCAGAAGGUGCAGGACAUCGACCGUCGGCUGGGCACCGUGUUCAGCCAGGCCUUCAGCGACGCCCCAGGCCUGGAGCACAUCUUCAAGCUGCUGGCCAUGUUCCGGAACCUUCUGGAGCGCCCUGGGAUUGCUGAAGUUGUUGCUGACAAGGUCCCUGUGCUGCUCAGCAUGUUCAGCACUGCCCUGGACCAGGCCAGGCUCACCUACAGCAGGCACACCCAGGCAGGGCUGCAGCUCGGGUUCCCCCCCCUGCACAAGAACGUCCCUCCCGUGGCCGGAGCGCUGGGCUGGGCGCGGGAGCUGCGGGCGCGGAUCCAGGGGCCCUUGGAGCACCUCAGGCACGUCCCAGGGCUGAGCUUGGACUCUGCCCGUGGAAGAAUGGUGGUGCAGAAAUAUGAAGAAAUGGUCCAGCUGCUCGACAGGUAUCAGGAAAAGCUGUAUUUGGACUGGUCCCAGUCAGUCUCAGAGAAAUCCCAGUACAACCUGGCUCAGCCUCUCAUCCGGCGAGAGGCGCAGAGCAAACUGAUCAGGGUCAACUUUGAUCCCCAGCUGGUGGCCGUGCUCAGGGAGGUGAGCUACCUGAGGGGCAGCGGGGCAGGAGCCAUCCCCCCAGCAGCAGCUGAGCUCCAUUCCUGCAAGGAAUCCCUCUGGCAGCUGGUGGCCAGCCUGGAGCUGAUGGGGAACAGCUACAACAAGGUCCUGAGGUCCGUGCUGGAGGUGGAACAUCCUCUGGUGCAGGGCCAGCUGCAGGACAUCGACCUGAAGCUGAGGGAGGCAGAAGAAACGCUGACCUGGAGGACAGAGGGUGUCUGGGAUCGCAUCUCCGGGGUGGUGGGUGAUGUCUGUGACCUGGAGCAGAGGGUGCAGAAGGCCAAGGACAACGUUGGGGAGAUGCAGAGCAUCGUGCGCUCGUGGGGGUCGCCCAUGCUGGAGAGGAGGGACGCCAAGAGGGAGGCGGUGCUGGGCCUGGAGGAGUGCCAGGAGCGCCUGGAGCGGAGCUACAGCCUGGUCAGCCAGGGUGGGCACAGGAUCCACUCCCUGCUGAAGGAAAACCAGAGCCUCCUACGUGCGGAGCCAGCCUCUGAUGCCUGGAAGGUGUAUUUGGAUUAUGUGGAUGAGAUAGUCCUGGGUGGACUCUUCACUGCCAUUGAGUGCUCCCUGAAAUACCUCCUGGAGAACACAGAUCCCAAGGCAGGGCUCGCUCCCCUCUUUGAGGUGCAGCUGGAUUUGGUGAUCCCAGAUUUGGUGUUUCGCCCUCCCUUGGACCCUGGUGCCAGGGAUGGCUUCUGUGACAUGGUGGAAAGUCUUCUCCAGGGCAUCUUCCACAUCUCCUCGCUGGUGCCCCGGCUGGCUGCACACAGUGGCUUCUGCCACUACCAGGCUGCCCUGGAGGCCAUGCCCUCGCUGUGCUCGUGCCGCCAGGAGCUGCUGGCCCGGGCUCAGGCAGCGGCCACCGCGUGCCGCGAGCACCGCGUGGGGCUGGAGCGGCGCUUCUGUCACCUCCUGGCCCAGGACAGCAGGGAGCUGGGCCACCACCUCCUGGCCCAGGACAGCAGGGAGCUGGGCCACCACCUCCUGGCCCAGGACAGCAGGGAGCUGGGCCACCACCUCCACGUCCCCAUGCCCAUGGACAUCAAUGGCCACGGCAUCCCCGAGGCACCAGCCACGCUGCAGCAGUUCAGAGAGCAGCUGGGCUCCUAUGAGCAGCUCUACGAGGAGGUGGCUCGAAUGCAGCCCCUCUGCACCUUCCAGGGCUGGCUGAGGCUGGAUGUGAGGCCCUUCAAGGCAGCCUUGCUCAAUGAGAUUAAAAGGUGGAGCUUGGUGUUCAAGCAGCACCUCCUGGACCAUGUCACGCACAGCUUGGCUGACCUGGACGAGUUCAUCCAAACUGCCGAGAGAGGUCUGAGCAGAAAGGUGGAGAGAGGUGACUACAGUGGCUUGGUGGAGGUCAUGGGUCACCUGCUGGCUGUGAAGGAACGUCACAGUGCCACUGAUGCCAUGUUUGAGCCCCUGAAGGAGACCAUUGAGCUGCUGAGGACCUAUGAGCAGCAGCUGCCUGAGGAAGUCCACCAGCAGCUGGAGGAGCUGCCGGAGAAGUGGGGCCAGGUGAAGAAGCUGGCGGUGGCCGUGAAGCAGCAGGUGGCUCCUCUGCAGGCGGCCGAGGUGACCGCGCUGCGCCAGAGCUGCGCCGCCUUCGACGCCCAGCAGCAGCGGCUCCGCGAGCGCUUCGCCACGGAGGCUCCCUUCAGGUUUGACACCGAAAAGCCUUAUCAACUGCUGGAUGCAAAGCACAUGGAGAUUAAAGAGAUGGAGUCAGCCAUGACCUCGAUUUAUGAAUCAGCUGGUCUGUUUGAAGUCAUGGUGCCGGAGUACAAACAGCUGAAGCAGUGCAGGAGGGAGCUGUGUCUGCUCAAAGAGCUCUGGGACAUGAUCUCCCUGGUGAACACCAGCCUUGAGGACUGGCAGACCACCAGAUGGGUGGACAUUAACGUGGAGAACAUGGAUCUGGAGUGCAAGAAGUUUGCAAGAGAGAUUCGGAAUUUGGACAAGGAGAUGAGGGCGUGGGAUGCUUUCAGCGGGCUGGACAGCAAGGUGAAGAACAUGCUGACAGCCCUCAAGGCUGUGGCAGAACUUCAAAAUCCUGCCAUCAGGGAGAGGCACUGGAACCAGCUGAUGCAGGUGACGGGCGUGAGGUUUGUGAUGGACUCGGACACCACCCUGGCUGACCUCCUCAAGCUCAACCUGCAUGAAUUUGAGGGGGAGGUCCAUGGCAUUGUGGACAAAGCAGUGAGAGAAAUGAGCAUGGAGAAGGUGCUGAAGGAGCUGAGGGUGACCUGGAGCUCCAGGGAGUUUCAGUACGAGCCUCACCCCCGCACCCACACCCCCUUGCUGAAGUCAGAUGAGGAGCUCAUUGAAACUCUAGAGGACAACCAGGUGCAGCUGCAGAAUUUAAUGUCCUCCAAGUACAUUGCCUUCUUCCUGGAGGAGGUGUCUGCCUGGCAGAGGAAGCUCUCCACUGCUGACUCCAUCAUCUCCCUGUGGUUCGAGGUGCAGCGCACGUGGUCUCACCUGGAGAGCAUUUUCAUAGGCUCAGAGGACAUCAGGGCACAGCUGCCCCAGGACUCCAAACGUUUUGAAGGCAUUGAUGUGGAUUUUAAAGAGCUGGCCAAUGAAGUUCAGAAAACCCCAAAUGUGGUUGAAGCCACCAAUAAACCAGGUCUGUCCCAGCAGCUGGAGGACAUCCAGAGCAGGUUGUCUCUGUGUGAGAAGGCUUUGGCUGAAUAUUUGGACAUGAAAAGGUUGGCUUUUCCCAGAUUUUACUUCAUUUCUUCUGCAGAUUUACUGGAUAUUCUUUCCAAUGGCACCAACCCACAUCUGGUGCAGCGUCACCUUUCCAAACUCUUUGACAACUUGGCCAGGCUGAAAUUCCAGGUGGACUCCGAGGAGAAGACAACCAAGGUUGGCCUGGGAAUGUACAGCAGAGAAGAGGAAUAUGUCCAGUUCAGUGAACCCUGUGACUGCAGUGGGCAGGUGGACCUGUGGCUGUGUCACCUGCUGGACACCAUGAGGGCCACGGUGGAGGUGUGGCUGGGUCGCCUGCUGGACACCAUGAGGGCCACGGUGGAGGUGUGGCUGGGUCGCCUGCUGGACACCAUGAGGGCCACGGUGAGGGACGGGAUGGGCGCGGCUGUGGCGGCCUACGAGGACAAGCCCAGGGAGCAGUGGCUCUUUGACCACCCUGCCCAGGUGGCUCUCUGCUGCACCCAGAUCUGGUGGACAGCUGAGGUGGGCAUGGCCUUCUCCAGGAUGAAGGAAGGCUACGAGAAGGCCAUGAAGGAGUACCACAAGAAGCAAGUGGCCCAGCUGAACACGCUGGUGACCAUGCUGCUGGGGCAGCUCUCCAGGGGCGACAGGCAGAAGAUCAUGACCAUCUGCACCAUCGACGUGCACGCGCGGGACGUGGUGGCCAAGAUGAUAGCACAGAAGGUGGACAAUGGCCAGGCCUUCGUGUGGCUGGCGCAGCUGCGGCACCGCUGGUCGGACGAGGAGCGGCACUGCUGGGCCAACAUCUGUGAUGCUCAGUUCCUCUACUGCUACGAGUACCUGGGCAACACCCCCCGGCUGGUGAUCACCCCCCUGACCGACAGGUGUUACAUCACCCUCACCCAGUCCCUGCACCUGACCAUGAGUGGGGCUCCUGCAGGCCCUGCUGGCACUGGCAAGACAGAGACCACCAAGGACCUGGGCCGAGCCCUGGGCAUCAUGGUCUACGUGUUCAACUGCUCCGAGCAGAUGGACUACAAGGUGAAGAGUGUGCAGGAUGCCAUCCGGGAGAAGAAGAAAUCCUUCAAUUUUCUUGGAGAAGACAUUAACUUAGUCCCCUCAGUUGGGAUUUUCAUCACCAUGAACCCUGGUUAUGCAGGACGAACCGAGCUACCUGAGAAUUUAAAAGCUCUCUUCAGGCCCUGUGCCAUGGUUGUGCCAGACUUUGAGCUGAUCUGUGAGAUUAUGUUGGUGGCUGAGGGCUUCCUCCAGGCCCGAGCCUUGGCCAGGAAGUUCAUCACGCUCUACCAACUCUGCAAGGAGCUCCUGUCCAAGCAGGACCACUACGACUGGGGUCUGCGGGCCAUCAAGUCGGUGCUGGUGGUGGCGGGCGCCCUGAAGCGCGCGGACCCCGAGCGGCCCGAGGAGCAGGUCCUGAUGCGCUCCCUCCGCGACUUCAACGUCCCCAAAAUCGUGACAGACGACGUGCCAGUGUUCAUGGGGCUGAUUGGGGACCUGUUCCCUGCCCUGGAUGUGCCUCGGAAGCGUGACCUGGAUUUUGAGGCCAUGGUGAAGGAGGCUGUGCUGGAGCUGCGGCUGCAGCCCGAGGACAACUUUGUGCUCAAAGUGGUGCAGCUGGAGGAGCUGCUCAGUGUCCGGCACUCCGUGUUCGUGGUGGGGGCUGCAGGCACAGGCAAGUCCCAGGUGCUGAGGUCCCUGCACAAAACCUACCAGAGGAUGAAGCGCCGGCCUGUGUGGACAGACCUCAACCCCAAAGCAGUCACCAAUGAUGAGCUCUUUGGCAUCAUUAACCCAGCAACGAGGGAGUGGAGAGAUGGACUGUUUUCAUCAAUCAUGAGAGAGCUGGCCAACAUCUCACAUGAUGGUCCCAAGUGGAUGGUACUAGAUGGAGAUAUUGAUCCAAUGUGGAUUGAAUCUCUGAACACUGUGAUGGAUGAUAAUAAGGUGCUGACCCUGGCCAGCAACGAGAGAAUCCCUCUGAACCCCACGAUGAGGCUGCUGUUUGAGAUCAGCCACCUGCGCACGGCCACCCCGGCCACCGUGUCCCGGGCAGUGGGGCAGGAGGAGGGGGCAGGGAUCCUGUACAUCAACCCCUCAGACCUGGGCUGGAACGCCCCCGUGAGCAGCUGGAUUGACCGGCGGGAGGUGCAGUCGGAGAGGGCCAACCUGACCAUUCUGUUUGACAAAUACCUGCCCGUGUGCCUGGACACCCUGAGAGCCAGAUUUAAGAAGAUUAUUCCCAUUCCUGAGCAGAGCAUGGUUCAGAUGCUGUGUUACCUCCUGGAAUGCCUCCUGACAGAGGACAACACACCUCCUGACUGUCCCAAGGAGCUUUAUGAACUUUACUUUGUCUUUGCUGCUGUCUGGGCCUUUGGUGGCUCCAUGUUCCAGGACCAGCUCGUGGACUACAGAGUGGAGUUCAGCAAGUGGUGGGUGGCAGAAUUCAAGACAAUCAAGUUCCCUUCUCACGGCACAGUCUUUGACUUUUACGUUGAUCCAGAAACAAAGAAGUUUGAGCCUUGGUCUAAACUUAUUCCCCAGUUUGAAUUCGAUCCUGAGAUGCCACUGCAGGCCUGCCUGGUGCCCACGGCUGAGACGGCGCGGCUGCGGUUCCUGGUGGCCAGGCUGCUGCAGCGCCAGCGCCCCGUGCUGCUGGUGGGCACCGCUGGCACGGGCAAGUCCGUGCUGCUGGGGGACACGCUCUGCUCGCUGGACACCGACGCCUUCCUGGUCAAGAAGGUGCCCUUUAACUACUACACCACCUCUGCCAUGCUGCAAGGUGUGCUGGAGAAGCCUCUGGAGAAAAAGGCUGGCAGGAAUUACGGCCCCCCAGGCACCAAGAGGCUGGUGUACUUCAUGGAUGACCUGAACAUGCCCCAGGUGGACGCCUACGGCACCGUGCAGCCCCACACCCUGCUCAGGCAGCACCUGGACUAUGGCCACUGGUACGACAGGAGCAGGCUGUCCCUGAAGGAGGUCAGCAAUGUGCAGUACGUGUCCUGCAUGAACCCCACUGCAGGGAGCUUCACCAUCAACCCCCGCCUCCAGCGUCACUUCUGUGUCUUCGCUCUCUCCAACCCUGACCAGGACUCCUUGUCCAGGAUCUACAGCACCAUCUUAGUGCAGCACCUGGCCAGUGGGAACUUCUCAGAGGCCGUGCAAAAAUCAGCCCAGCAGCUCCUUGCCCUGGCCCUAGGGCUGCACCGGAAGGUGGCUGCCACGUUCCUGCCAACAGCUGUCAAGUUCCACUAUGUUUUCAACCUCAGAGACCUCUCCAAUAUCUUCCAAGGCCUGCUGUUCUCUACCCCUGAAUGCCUGAAGCAGCCCCAGGACCUGGUGAAGCUCUACCUGCACGAGUCAAGCCGGGUGUACCGGGAUAGGAUGGUUGAGGAAGUGGAUUGGGACACUUUUGAUAAAAUCCAGCGGGAGAUGGUGAAGAAAUGCUACGACGAUAUUGAGGACACUUUAGAGCAGGCCAAACACAUGAAUAUUUACUGCCAUUUUGCCAAAGGCCUUGGGGAACCAGGCUAUAGGCCAGUUCCAAGCUGGGAGGAGCUGAACCAGAUCCUCGUGGAAGCCUUGGACAGCUACAACGAAGUCAACGCUGCCAUGGACCUGGUACUGUUUGAGGAUGCCAUGAGCCACAUCUGCCGCAUCAGCCGCGUCCUGGAGGCGCCGCGGGGGAACGCGCUCCUGGUCGGCGUGGGAGGCACGGGCAAGCAGAGCCUGACCCGCCUGGCUGCCUUCCUCAGCUCCCUGGAGGUCUUCCAGAUCACCCUGAGGAAAGGCUACGGCGUCCCUGACCUCAAGGCAGACCUGGCAAACCUGUACCUGAAGGCUGGGCUGAAGAGUGUGGGCUCUGUGUUCCUGCUGAGCGACGCACAGGUGGCGGACGAGCAGUUCCUGGUGCUGGUCAACGACUUCUUGGCAUCAGGGGAAAUCCCGGAUCUCUUCCCUGAUGAUGAAGUGGAAAACAUCAUCAGCAGUGUGAGGAAUGAAGUCAGGGGCCGGGGGCUGGUGGAUUCCAGGGAGAAUUGCUGGAGGUUUUUCAUUGAGCGAGUCCGACGGCAGCUGAAGGUCGCUCUGUGCCUGUCCCCCGUGGGCCCCAAGCUGCGCCUCCGCAGCCGCCGCUUCCCGGCGCUGGCCAGCGGCACCACCAUGGAUUGCUUCCAGCCCUGGCCCCGCCAGGCCCUGGAGUCCGUCAGCCUCCGCUUCCUGCGGGACAUGGACACCCUGCAGGAUUCAGUCAAGGAUUCAAUAAGCAAAUUCAUGGCCCACGUCCACAUCAGUGUCAAUGAGGUGUCCCGGCUGUACCUCAGCAACGAGCGCCGCUACAACUACACCACCCCCAAGUCCUUCCUGGAGCAAAUCAAACUCUACCAGAGCCUGCUGCUGAGCAAGGACAAGGAGUUAAAGGCAAAAAUGGAGCGCCUGGAGAACGGCCUGGAGAAGCUCAAGAGCACUUCUGCACAGGUGGAUGAGCUGAAGGCCAAGCUGGCAGCCCAGGAGGUGGAGCUGAAGCAGAAGAACGAGGAUGCUGACAGGCUGAUCCAGGUGGUGGGCGUGGAGACGGAGAAGGUGAGCAGGAAGAAGGCGGUGGCCGAUGAGGAGGAGCGGAAGGUGGCCCUCAUUGCCCAGGAGGUGGAGCAGAAGCAGAAGGACUGUGAGGAGGACCUGGCCAAGGCUGAGCCUGCCCUGGCAGCUGCCCAGGCUGCUCUCAACACCCUCAACAAGACCAAUCUGACGGAGCUGAGGUCCUUUGGGUCACCUCCUUCUGCUGUCAGCAACGUCACAGCAGCCGUGAUGGUGCUGACGGCCCCGGCAGGGAAGAUCCCCAAGGACAGGAGCUGGAAAGCAGCCAGAGUGGCCAUGGCAAGGGUAGACAGCUUCCUGGACUCCUUGAUCAACUUCAACAAGGAGAACAUCCACGAGAACUGCCUCAAAGCCCUGCAGCCCUAUCUGCAGGACCCCAGCUUCAACCCCGAGCUCGUGGCCACCAAGUCGGCGGCGGCGGCCGGGCUGUGCUCGUGGGUGCUGAACAUCGAGCGCUUCCACCGCGUCUUCUGCGAGGUGCAGCCCAAGAGACAGGCUCUGGACAGGGCCAACGCUGAGCUGGCAGCAGCCCAGGACAAGCUGGCCACUGUCAAGGCCAAAAUUGCUCGCCUCAAUGAGAACCUGGCCAAGCUCACAGCCCGGUUUGAGAAGGCCACCUCAGACAAAAUCAGGUGCCAGCAGGAAGCUGAAGCCACAGCCUGCACCAUCUCCCUUGCCAACCGCCUGGUUGGGGGGCUCGCCUCUGAAAAUGUGAGAUGGGCUGAGGCUGUGAAGGACUUCAAACAGCAGCAGAGCACCUUGUGUGGAGAUGUCCUGCUGGUCACAGCCUUUGUGUCCUACCUGGGCUACUUCACCAGGAAAUACCGCCAGGAGCUCCUGGAUGGCAUCUGGAGGCCCUAUUUGCACCAGCUAAAAGUGGCAGUGCCGGUGAUGCCGCAGCUGGAGCCACUGUUGGUGCUGGCGGACGAGGCAGUGGCAGUUCUGGUGAUGCUGCGGCUGGAGCCGCUGUUGGUGCUGGUGGAUGAGGCGGCCAUGGCGGCCUGGUGGAACCAGGGCCUGCUGGCCCUGUUUUUUUUACCUCAGCCAGCUUUUUACCUCAGCCAGCUUUUUACCUCAGCCAGCUUUCCCUGGGAUCUGCAGGAAGCCUUUCUGUUUGCCUGGCAGGUGCUGGUGACACCGCGGCUGAAGCCGCUGUCGGUGCUGGCGGAUAUGACAGCCUGGAAGCCUGUUCUGUUUGCCUGGCAGGUGCCGGUGACGCCGCGGCUGGAGCCGCUGUCGGUGCUGGCGGACGAGGCGGCCGUGGCGGCCUGGCGGAACCAGGGCCUGCCCGCCGACCGCACCUCCAGCCAGAACGCCGCCAUCCUCAGCAGCUGCCAGCGCUGGCCCCUCCUGGUGGACCCCCAGCUGCAGGGCAGCAAGUGGAUCAAAAACACCCACGGAGAUGCACUCCGCGUGAUCCGAGCCGGGCAGAAAGGGUAUCUGGACACACUGGAACAAGCCCUGGCUGCUGGAGACCUGGUUUUGAUUGAGAACCUGGAGGAAUCCGUGGAUCCCGUGCUGGGGCCGUUACUGGGGCGAGAAACAAUUAAAAAAGGCAGGUACAUCAAGAUUGGGGACAAGGAGUGUGCCUUGCACCCUGCCUUCCGCCUGAUCCUGCACACCAAGCUGGCAAACCCCCACUUCCAGCCCGAGCUGCAGGCCCAGUGCACCCUCAUCAACUUCUCUGUCACCCGCGACGGCCUCGAGGAGCAGCUGCUGGCGGCCGUGGUGCGCCUGGAGAGGCCUGACCUGGAGGAGCUGAAGACCAAUAACAGAUCUGACAGGGAGGAGCUGAAGUCAGAUCUCACAAAGCAGCAGAAUGAAUUCAAGAUCACCUUGAAAACGUUGGAGGACAACUUGCUCUCUCGGCUGUCAUCAGCAUCUGGGAAUUUCCUGGGAGACACAGCCUUGGUGGAGAACCUGGAGAGCACCAAGAGGACAGCUGCAGAGAUUGUGGAGAAGGUACAAAGACACUGA